AUGUCUUCCCUGUUUCCCCAUGCUCCUCCACAAGUCCCGGCCAAUUGGGUGCCCCUCCUGGCGAUGACAUCACAGGCGUAUAAAACCCCCCAUGGCUCCCGUGCCGCCUCUGAGCAGAGUUCCCGGCCUGGACGCCUCGGCUGGAGGGACUGCUGUCAGGAGGAAAAACAAAACUACAAUCUGUCUGUAACCCACUUCCUGAAGUCAGCCCUCCCCUGGGCAUCCCCCCCGGCAUCCUUGUACCAACAAGGUGCCAUCACCAUGACGACACAAGCGCCAACUUUCACACAGCCUCUUCAGAGCGUCGUCGCACUAGAGGGUAGUGCCGCGACGUUCGAGGCCCAAGUCAGUGAGCAAUAUGAAAGCUACAUGAAGCAACAUGACGUGACAUAUAAGACAGAAGUGACUACUGCAGUGGUGCAGGAGCCCACUGUGAUUGUGAGUCAACAAGAGAUGGAGCAGAGGAGGAUGACAACUCCUAUGAGCUUCAUAUCUGAAACGAUUGUGUGGUUCAAAGAUGGCCAGCGCAUCAGACCUGGAGGACGUCACCAGAUGGAGGUUCUUCAGGAUGGUCGUGCCAGUCUUCGCCUCUCUGUUGUACUCCCAGAGGAUGAAGGUGUCUAUACGGCUUUUGGGAGCAACAUGAAGGGAAAUGUUGUCAGCUCCGGAAAACUUUAUGUGGAGCCCUCUGGAGUUGUAACUCCUCAGCGAUAUACUCCACAGCCUGCAAUGCAGAGAAUCAGGACUUAUGCCUCAGACCAGGGCCACUACAAACUGGUGGUUGGGAAAGUUGACACCAGCUGCAGGAUGUCUGUUGAAGCCAUCAAGAUUGUCAAGAAAAUAAAGGAUGUCAAUGCGCUGCUGGACUCCACCGCUUCCUUUGAGUUGAGCCUCUCUCAUGACAACAUCCCAGUCACAUGGCUGUUCAACGGAAUAGAGCUCAAAUCCAACGAGAAAUGUAAGAUCCAGACAGAGAGGAAAGCUCACAAGCUCAUCCUGCAGAACGUGGACAGCACCAAUGCAGGAGAGUACACAGCCACGGUGGGACACCUGCAGUGCAGCGCCUCUCUCACUGUUGAAUUCCCCGUGCCCCCUCAGAUUGUGCGCCACAUGGAGUCCCAGUCAGUAGAGGCCGGUAAGCCUGUUCGCUUCUCUGUGGAGGUGAGUGGCCUGCCCCAGCCACAGGUGUCCUGGUAUAAAAACUCCCAGGCCCUUUCCCCUGGAUUCAAAUGCAAAUUCCUCCAUGAUGGAUAUGAGCACACACUCCUGCUGAUCGAGGUCUUCCCUGAGGAUGCAGCCGAGUAUAAAUGCAAAGCCAAAAAUGACUGUGGAGUAGCCACCAGCACUGCAACACUUAAUGUUGAAGUGAUCGGUAUAGUGACAGGUUCAGUGAUACAGAAAGCCUUCACAAUGAGGUAA